UAAAGCGUGCAUAAGACCAGCAGGCCGUUCCAUUGCAUCCUGUCAUCAUUAAAUCUACGCCUGCAAUUAUUUUUGUCUGAAUCGCUGGUUGGCGGGAGGUCAGCCUCCGUGCAAGCGCGAUCGACAAUUGUGUCAGUGAACACAAUUCAUCAAUUCAUACAUUCAUUAGUUAUCAGUACCUACCUUAAUUACAAUCUGGGCGCUUGUUUGGUCAAGCCGCCUAGACAUGCCUGCACGAAAAGCACUGCUUUGCACCAGCAGCGGCUGCCAAAGCGGGCCUAGCAUGAAGCUGCGUGCAGGCGUGGCGUUGCAAUGUGCGACGCUUCGGUCGGCGCUGUCGAUUUGCCCAUGCGCAGCGCCAACUGCUGCGCCGGCACGCAGCACGUUUCAUCUCCAUCCCGUCAGAGGGCCUGCGUCGGUGGUGGCUCGAGCCGGCGCUUCGUCUCCCCAGCAAGCAGCGCCCCCUCAGACAACGCUAGCAGCGGCGGCAGCAGCGGUGGCCUCGGUGGCAGCGGCGGGCUUGGCGCGGGGUCUUGCAGCCAAGGGGCAAGCGGCUGCUGCGACUGCGGCGGCGGCGGCUGCAGCUGUGCACCAGCCUGCUACAGCCGCCGCCAGCAGCCCCGGCAGCAGCAGCAGCAGCAACAACAGCAGCAGCAGCGGCGGCGGCAGUAGCAGCGGCACCGCAUCACAGCCGCUCGAGGGCACGCCUGUGCCUUGGGCGGUGCUGGCGCCCUCGCCGCUGCCAGCCCCCGCCACCUCGCCCUCCACAUCCUCCAACCCCGCCAACUCCACCACCACAAGCACCCCCAGUGGCAGUGGCACGGGCUCCAAUCUGGAUCUGGAUCUUAUCCUGCAGCGUUACCGGGUGGGCGGCAAUGGCGGCGGCGGCGGCGGCGGGGCUGGCGGCGGCACUGGCGGCGGCGGCACGCUGCGUCUGAUCACGCCCCGGGAUGUGGAUGCGGUGAUGGACAUGUACCUCGACCGAGGCCUGAUGGAUGCUGACCCCUACUGGACGCGCGCCUGGCCCUCCGCAAUCGCGCUGGCUGCCACACUGCUGCGGCGGCCGGAGCUGGUUCGUGGCAACGUGGUUGCGGACCUGGGCUCGGGGCUGGGGCUGGCAGGCAUGGCAGCGGCACUGGCAGGCGCUCGUGAGGUGGUGCUGCUGGACCGCGAACCGCUGGCGCUGCAGUGCGGCCUGCUCAGCGCCGCAGCCUCCGGACUGCACCCACAGCCCGCGGCGGCAGUAGCAGCGGCGUCAGCAGGGGCGGCAGUAGCAGCGGCGUCAGCAGGCGCGGCAGUAGCAUCAGGGGGAGGCCGCGUGGAGCCGCUGCCUCGUCAGCAGCGGCCGCAGCAUGCGGCGCUGAGGCUGGAGGCGCGGCUGCGGGCCGCGUGGCUGGAGCAGCGGCGGCGGCAGCAGCAGGGGCAUCAGCAGCAAAGAACAGAUGGGGAGGAUGGGGUAAAGGAAGAGGCGGCGGCGGCGGAGGCGGAGGCGGAGUGGGAAGAGCUUAUGGCGCGGGCGGCGGCCCUGCAUGUGCCGGAGGCGCAGCAGCAGCAGCAGCAGCAGCAGGAUCAACCCGAGUUGGCGGCUGAGGCGGCGGCUGGCAGUGGCAGCGGCAGUAGCAGCGGCAGUAGCACUGCUGCGCUUAGGGGCGAGGACGGCGGCAGCAGUAGCAGCGGCAGUAGCAGUGGCACGCUGUUCCGCGCGCACGUGUUUGACUGGACGGCGCCUCCGCCCAUGGAGCAGCUACUGCCGCCGCCGGGGGCUGCGGCAGUAGCUGGGGGGGGAGCGAUGGGGCCUGGGGCGGCGGCACGGCGGCGGCGGUUCGAUGUCGUACUGGCGUGUGACGUGUUGUACGAGGACGCAGCGGUGGGCCCCAUCUCCUCCCUCAUGCCUCAGCUGCUGAGCCCCGACGGUGGCCGGCUGCUCCUGGCCGACCCGCCCAACCGCACCGCCCGCAACCGGGAGCGCUUCCUGGCCGAGCUGCGUGGCGGGCCCCUGCGCCUGGUGGUGGAGGAGUGCAGCCUGCAGCAGUGCGAGGUCUCGCAGCUGGACAACGAGAUGGCGGGGGGGCUGGCGCCCAGCGCGCAGAGCGUGCCGGUGCAGUUCAUUGUGUUUCGGGCGGUGGUGGGGAACGACACGGUGGGCGUCAAGAUGGCGUGAUUGCAGCAGGCGCGAUUGUUAGCAGAUGUGAGCUGCAGACGUGAUUGCAGCAGGCGUGAUUGUUAGCAGAUGUGAGCUGCAGACGUGAUUGCAGGCGCGAUUAAUAGCAGACGUGAGCUGCAGGCGUGAUUGCAGGCGCGAUUGUUAGCAGAUGUGAUGCGUGUGAUGCGUGCGGGAUGCGGAUGAGUAGUGGUGCGAGUGAUUGAGAUGUGAUUGAUUGGGGCGGAGAUGCGAGGAAUGGGGAUUGUGACGGGCGCAGGGAGGGCAAGCCGGGAAGGAGGGGGGGUUUGCCGCGUGCGCCGUGCGAUGCUUUGAUGUGUGUGACAGUGCUUGCUUAAAGCAGAGUUUGGGGGAAGGGGGGCUGUCGAUGCUCCCGUUCAUUUGAGAGAGGCGGCAGAGAGGUGGACAGAGGCAUGCAUGCCUCACAGCUUGGGUAUAAGCUGACACAGAGUGAUGGUCAUUCUAUCCUGCAAGAGCUUGUGCUGGCGGCAACCCAACCAGCGAGCCAGGUUGCGGGUGAGUGCUGUAAUCAGUAAUCCCC